GGAGUGGAGGCAGCCGGUUCUACGACGUCGAAUCUGCGUCUGCGGAUGAGAAGCUACUGAAGGGAAAGGAAGAGGUCCUGGCGUCGGCACUUCCCGUACAGAAAAAUCGAAUAUCUCGUCUGGAAUCCAGGAAAUGAACUCAAGAAGAUGAAGCCUAAUAGAGGAAAGGCCUGUGCUGGAGAGAGAGAUUAUGUUUACACACUCAAUGCUGGAAAUCAACAUUUUGUGCUUACAGUUCCUCUCAAAUUUCCUGUGCAAGAGAAUAUUAGUCAUUUGCAUGGGCGUCUAAUGCUUCUGCACAAUCUGCCAUGUUUUGUAGAAAAUGACUUGAAGCAAUCCCUUAAUAAGUUCAUAGAAGAUGAAACUAUAAAAGGUUAUGAUAGAGAAGCUGAAAUGGCUCUGGAAGCUGUGAAGUCAGGAGAAGUAGACAUAAACCAGCUGGCAGAUACUUGGGCUAAAGCUUAUAAAGAGACAACAUUAGAGUAUGCAAAACCUGAAGAAAACAGCUGGGACGAAGAUUUUGCAGAUGUUUAUCAUGAUCUGAUACAUUCUCCAGCUUCUGAGACACUGUUAAACCUGGAACACAAUUAUUUUGUUAGCAUCUCAGAAUUAAUAAAUGAAAGAGAUGUGGAACUGAAAAAACUACAGGAAAGACAAGGAGCAGAAAUGGAUAAGGUGAUGCAGGAACUAGGGAAAUCUCUAACAGACCAAGAUGUCAAUUCAUUAGCAGCUCGGCAUUUUGAAUCUCAGCAGGAUUUGGAGAACAAAUGGACCAAUGAAUUAAAACAAUCUACUGCUAUCCAGAAGCAGGAAUAUCAGGAAUGGGUGAUAAAACUUCAUCAGGACCUAAAGAAUCCCAACAACAGUUCAAUCAGCGAUGAAAUUAAGGUUCAGCCCAGUCAAUUGAGAGAAUCUGUAGAAGGAAAUGGAAGAAUUUAUGAAGAGCAAAGACUUUUAGAAGAAAGUUUUACUAUUCACUUGGGAGCUCAGUUGAAGACUAUGCAUAAUUUGAGAUUACUGAGGGCUGAUAUGCUGGAUUUCUGUAAACAUAAACGUAAUCAUCGAAAUGGAGUAAAGCUUCACAGACUUCAAACUGCAAUGUCUCUCUAUUCAACUUCUCUCUGUGGCCUCGUUUUAUUGGUAGAUAACCGUAUCAGUUCAUAUAGCGGCAUCAAAAGAGAUUUUGCAACUGUUUGCCAAGAAUGCACAGAUUUUCAUUUUCCUGGAAUUCAAGAACAACUUGAAAUUGUCCAGAAGGUUGUACUUAAGGCCAGAGCACAGCGUAGCAAUAAGUCAAAAAAGCAUCACGGAAGCAAAGAUAGUGGAAUUGAAGAUAAAUCCAAGAAUAUUGAACGUAACCAGUCGAAUAUUUUACAAGGAGAAUUCUACAUCACUCGCCAUUCAAAUCUUUCUGAAAUUCAUGUUGCAUUUCAUCUUUGUGUGGAUGAUAAUGUAAGAUCUGGAAACAUAACUGCUCGGGAUCCUGCCAUCAUGGGACUUAGAAACAUUCUCAAAGUUUGCUGCACACAUGACAUUACUACCAUUAGUAUUCCUCUCUUGCUGGUACAUGAUAUGUCAGAAGCACGUUUCGUGCUGUUUGACACAGAUGAGGAAGUUUAUCCCAGUCUCCUGCCACAUUGUUGUAAUAGCAGAAGUAUCUAUUUGGUGACCAGAGCAUUCAUGUGGAGAAGCUGGCAGCUCAUGGCUUAGACAGAUAUACUCUUCACUGCAUAAAAAACUGGUUGGAUGGCUGGGUUCAGGAAUAGACUUAAAUCCAGCUGUCAACAGGUCAGUACUGGGGCCAGUCCUGUUUGAUAUUUUUAUUGAUGAUCUGGACAAAGGGAUUGAGUGCAGCCUUAAUAAUUCUGCAGAUGACACCAAGCUGAGAAUGUUAAUCUGUCUGAGGUCAGGAAUGCCCUACAGGAGGAUCUGGAUAGAAUGGCUCAGUGAGCUGAGGCCCAACUGUAUGAGGUUCAACAAGACCAAGUCCUGGAUCCUGCCCUUUGGUUACGACAGCCCCAUGCAAUCCUACAGGCUUGGGGCUGCAAAGCUGCAUGCUGGAAAAGCGUCUGGGGUUGCUAUUCGUCAGCUGACUGAACAUGAGCCAGCAGUAUGCCCAGGUGACCAAGAAGGCCAACCUGGCUUGUAUCAGAAGUAGUGUUGUCAUCAGGACUAGGAAGGUCAUUGCCCCUUUACUCACUACUGGUUCAGCAUUCAGUUUUGGGGGACCCUCACUACAAGAAGGACCCUGGACCAUAUCCAAAGAAGGGCAAUGAAGCUGUUGAAGCCUCUGGAGCACAAGUCUUACAAGGAGAGACUGAGGGAACAGGGAUUGUUCAUUCUGGAAUAGAAGAGGCUCAGGGAAGACCUCAUCAUUCUUUACGCUUGCCUGAAAGGAGGCUGUCGUGAGCUGGAGUUCGUUUUCUUCCAGGUAAUUUGCAAUAGGAUGAGACGUAAUGGUCUCAUGUUACACCGUUGGGUAUUUAGAAAAAAUUUCUUCUCAGAAAGAGUCGUGAGGUAUUGAAACAGGCUGCCCAGAGAGGUGGUGGAGUGGCUUACUAAGUAUGGUUGUGAUGAAUUGACAAUUGGACUUAAUGACCUUAAAGA